AUGGAAGAAAUUGUGACUGGAGAAGAUGAUGUCGAGCCGUAGUUUGCAUUUAUUACACACACCCGAACAACUCAAUACCGUAUUUCAGUGAUGAAGAAUCGAAUCGAGAUCGCUUCUAUUAAUAGCCUAGAUUAAAUUUAAGUUGUAUUAAGCAUAGAUUAAACGAUCCAUUGGCUGUACGAUGAAGGUCAAGAAAUAGCUUUUGGAUUCAGAUAGGGAUACUUCAUUAAUUAUUAUUAUGGAGAGAGGAGUGAAUUGUCUCAAUUUCGAAAAUUGAUUGGGUGUAAAAUUUCAUUUGGAACUUUUAAACAAGAUUAUUUGGUGGGCGACUUAUUGGGAAAAGGCACAUUUUCAGAAGUGACAAAGGUGACCUGUUUAAGGGAUGGCAAAGAGUAUGCUUUAAAGAAAAUCAAAUUGCGUAACGAGGCUCAUUUAAAGAAUAUUGAAAUUGAAGUUGCUAUCUUAAAUAAGCUAAAUCAUCAAGGCAUCAUCAAAUUACACGACGUCUACAGGUUAAAUGAUGAAACCUAUGGGUUAAUUACUGAAUUAGUCAUUGGAUAAUCGCUAGAUUCAAUUAUCAACAAGCAAAAGAGCAAACUUGAAGAGAGAGACAUUUAAAUGAUACUUAAAUAAACUCUUGAAAUCGUUGAUUAUUUGCAUUAGAAUAAUAUAAUCCAUAGAGAUAUCAAACCAUAACAUAUGAUUUUAUGUUAAAAUAAAACGAUUAAAAUACUAGAUUUUGGUUUAAGUUCUAAUGAGAGUCAAAUGUCUUGCAAUUGUGGUACUCCUGGGUAUUUACCACCUGAAUCAUUUCGAGAACAAUCGUUAUACACAUCCAAAGGGGAUAUAUUCAGUUUGGGAGUUGUUUUUUAUAAGUUAUUGAAUAGAGGAGUCAGUUGUUUCGAUGCAAACACACUCGAAUCAGUAAUGAGUAAAAAUAGGCGUUGCACCAUUGAGUACCAAAUCAAUGGAUACUCAUCUUAGGCUCUGCAUUUGCUCAAAUAAAUGCUUCAAAAAGAUCCAGUCAUGAGAAUCAAUUCACACGAUGCACUGAAUCAUACUUAUUUCACUGUCCCCAGGGAAUCCCAGAAUCUAAAGGAAGAUAAAGGGAAUAUUUAUGUUUACUAAGCUCAUCCCAGGCCAUCCCAUUUAUCAAGGACAAGUAGCGGUGAGUUAGAGAAAACUUCAAAAUGAUUGUAAAUUUUUAUAAAAUAUAUGUUCAUGAUAU